AUGGAUGAAGAUGUCCUGGUACAGUACGUGCUUAUGAGAGAUGACCUGGAGACAAACGGGAAGCCAUGGAAUAGAGGAUCUCUGAUAGCUCAAGCGUGCCAUGCAUGCAUAUCGGCUGUAAGCGUAUAUAGCACCGAUCCAAACGUGAUCCGAUACAUUUCACCAGAGAAUUUGCCUGUUAUGAGGACCGUUGUUUUAAGCGUUGCUAGUGAAACAGAAUUGAACUCGUACCAUAGUCUCCUGCUUUCUCACGGGGUAAACAAUCAUCUAUUCACAGAACAACCAGAAAAUAUAAUCACAUGUCUAGCUACGGCUCCAGUACAAAAGUCUAGAAUAUACUCACUUGUAAAAAACCUCAAGCUCUUCAAGUAG